AUGAUGAUAUUUCAUUUGGAAACCCAUCCAAAUAUUACAUGGUAUUCACAAUGCAUUACGUUCAACGCAUUUCCAACAGACGCUCACGAGCUUACCUAUUCGUUAUUUGGAAUGAUUAUGAUGUAUUGGUUUCCAUUAAUAGUAAUUAUUUAUACUUAUACAAGUAUAAUAUUCGAAAUUUGUAAACGUUCGAAGGAAAGUGACGAAGACAGGAUACGCCGUUCGUCCUUGGAAUUUUUAAGCCGUGCUAAAAUACGCACAUUGAAAAUGACCAUAAUCAUAGUUACAGUUUUUUUUAUCUGCUGGACUCCGUACUACGUCAUGAGUUUAUGGUAUUGGAUUGACAAAACKUCAGCAAGGAAAGUUGAUCAAAGAGUACAAAAAGGAUUAUUUUUAUUCGCUUGUACAAAUUCUUGCAUGAAUCCUAUUGUUUAUGGUGUUUUUAAUAUUAGGGAUAAGAAAAAGGGAACAACAUCCUUAACAAAUAAUCCAACUAAAGGACGAGGAAUAUCUCACGAACAAUCAAAAGAAAAUUGCAUACCAAAUACGAAAAAUCGAAUAAUUGAUCUUCAAUUGAAAACMAUCACCGAUGCCUAUGUAAAUUUGAAUCAAGAAAGGAUCAUCGAACUUUGAAAAGAAUUUAACAACGAAUAAUACACGAACAAUGCAAUGAUAUAAUAAAUCAAAUUGGAACACUGAAACUUGACUUUGUAGGUGGUUCUACUUCCCACACACACAUGGCUAACUGGWAAUGUUAUGUUACUGCAUAUAAAAAACUCUUUGUGUGUGUGUGUGUACUUAUCGUUCAAGGAAUAAUAAAAAAAGGAAAGAAGAAAAGAUAUAAAGGAAGAAAAAUAUAAGAAAGAAUACAUUUGUUGUUCUUUGAUUGAAUUUUCUUUCUUUUGUUAAUAGAAAUUCUAAGGAUGUUAUCAAGUUGAGAAUGUUAUCAAAAUAUAAUAAUAAAAAGUGGAAAUAUCAGAAUGUUUUUUAUGAUUUAAUAUAGUUUUGAUAUCAUCAUGCAAUUGUUCUGAUUCAUAUCACUUCUUCUAUGUACAUAUAUCUAUAUAUAUAGAUAUAUAUC